AUGAAGACGGGAGAGGCGAAGAUCAUCAACCAGGGCCUGGAGGAUGAGAUGGAGGUGUGGGCGUACCGGCCCUGUCUGUGGAAGAUGGUCCUGGUGGGAGUGGGUGCUGUCUGCUCUGGUGGUCUCCUGCUGCUGCUCCUCUAUUGGCUGCCUGAAUGGAGCGUGAAAGGCACCUGCACACACACCUCCAUGAGGAACGCACACACACUGCUGCUGCGCUCCACGGAUGAAUUCCGGCAGUGGUUCCGGGCCAAAGUACAUGUGAUGUUGGCUCCAGGAAGGCGACCUUUUGACCCUUUAGAUGUGCAGUCUUCAUCACAGCUGCCAAACGGGGACAGAGACUGCAGCAUAACCGCUCUGAAUGACGAGCAUCAUGGGAUAUUUGCUCAAGGACAAACUGCAGAGAUCCACUACUUCACUCACCACAGCACUAAAUACUACUGGAAUGAUGAUGUACAGAACUUUGAAAUAUAUAAAGGCUUAGAGGAUAUGAAGGUGAGCUGUGCAGGAAUCCACUCUGAAAACAGCUCAGGACUUUCUAAAACACUGCAGGACUACAGGAGACUGUUUUUUGGUGAGAAUGAGAUUGCAGUCAGAGUGCCCUCGCUAUUCAAACUCCUCAUAAAGGAGGUCUUGAAUCCUUUCUACAUUUUCCAACUCUUCAGUGUUAUUCUGUGGAGUGCAGAGGAUUACUACUAUUACGCCACCGCCAUAGUGUUCAUGUCUGUGAUUUCAAUAGCUACCUCACUGUAUACCAUUAAAAGGCAAUAUGUGAUGCUACACGACAUGGUGGCAGCGCACAGCGUGGUUCGUGUUUCAGUUUGCAGAGGUGAUAAAGAUAUUGAACAGGCCAUGUCGACAGAGCUGGUGCCUGGUGAUGUCAUCAUCAUUCCAGCCAAUGGGAUGAUCAUGCCCUGCGACGCCGCGCUGAUCCAUGGCACCUGCAUCGUAAAUGAGAGCAUGUUGACAGGAGAGAGUGUUCCUGUUACAAAGACGGGUCUGCCGAGUUCAGGCGAUGACGGGUCGAUGAUCUACAACAUGGAGGAACACAAGAGACACACUCUGUUCUGUGGAACCCACGUUAUCCAAACCCGGUUCUACGCUGGAGAAUUGGUGAAGGCCGUUGUGGUCCGCACAGGUUUCAGUACAGAGAAAGGCCAGCUGGUCCACUCCAUCCUCUACCCUAAACCCACAGACUUUAAACUGUACCGCGAUGCCUAUCUGUUCCUGCUUUGUCUGGUGGGUGUGGCGGGGAUCGGCUUCAUCUACACUAUCGUCCUCAGCAUCAUGAAUAAGGUUCCAGCUAAGCUCAUCGCCUUAAAGUCUCUGGACAUCAUCACCAUCACUGUUCCCCCAGCUUUACCUGCGGCCAUGACAGCCGGUAUCGUCUACGCACAGCGACGUCUGAAGCGCGUCGGCAUCUUCUGCAUCAGCCCCCAGAGGAUCAACAUGUGUGGACAGCUCAACCUGGUCUGCUUUGACAAGACUGGGACUCUGACUGAGGACGGGUUGGACUUGUGGGGUUUUCAGAGAGCUGAACAUGGCAGCUUUUCCCCUCCGGAGUCCGAGGCCUGUAAUGAGAGUCUGGUGAACUCUGCGUUUGUAGCCUGCAUGGCCUCCUGCCACUCACUGACCAAGAUCGAAGGAGAACUCUCUGGCGACCCUUUAGACCUGAAGAUGUUCAGCGCUACAGGCUGGGUGUUAGAGGAGCCCACAGAGGAAGAGACUGCUCUGCACAAUCCCAUAAUGCCCACAGUUGUGCGACCACCGAACCAGGUCAUCCCUGAAACCAACCAGAACGAUCCACUGACUGAGAACCCGUCGUGUGAGAUCGGUAUUGUCCGUCAGUUCCCGUUCUCCUCGGGUCUGCAGAGGAUGAGUGUGGUGGUCCGCAGGUUGGGGGAAAAACACAUGAACGCCUUCAUGAAGGGGGCGCCUGAGGUCGUGGCCAGUCUCUGCAAAGAGCACACAGUCCCACAGAGUUUCACAGAGACUCUGGAGGUCUACACCAGGCAGGGCUUCAGGGUUAUCGCCCUGGCGCAUCGACAACUGGAGUCCAAACUCUCCUGGCACAAAGUCCAGACCCUCAGCAGAGACCUGAUAGAGAACAACAUGGAGUUUCUUGGUUUGAUCAUAAUGCAGAAUAAAAUAAAACAGGAGACUGCCGGGGUGUUACGAGAUUUACACCAAGCCAACAUCCGCACUUUAAUGGUUACAGGAGACAACAUGUUGACGGCCAUAUCAGUGGCUCGAGACUGUGGGAUGAUCCGUCCACAUGAGAAGGUCAUUAUUGCAGAUGCUGUGUCACCUAAAGACUGUCAUCCGGCUACGAUCACAUGGCAUUACACCGAAAACCCAGCACAGACCGCAAAGAACAACCAGUCUGUGGAAAUUACUCUGGAGGAAGAUGGAGGCGUGACACACCAUCCUCCUCAUGGUCAGAGUUAUCACUUCGCUGUGAGCGGCAGAGCCUUCGCUGUGAUCAUGGAACACUUCCCUCAACUGGUUCCAAAGCUUAUUCUGGGAGCCACAGUGUUCGCCCGUAUGGCUCCAGACCAGAAGACUCAGCUGGUGGAGGUUCUGCAGAGCAUCAAUUACACCGUUGGCAUGUGUGGUGACGGUGCAAAUGACUGCGGAGCCCUGAAGAGAGCUCAUAGUGGGAUCUCUCUGUCUGAACUGGAGGCUUCUGUAGCUUCACCUUUCACCUCCUCCACCUCAAACAUCUCUUGUGUCCCCAACCUCAUCAGGGAGGGUCGAGCUGCUCUCAUUACAUCAUUCUGUGUUUUCAAGUUCAUGGCUCUUUACAGCAUCAUCCAGUACCUCAGUGUCUGUCUGCUGUACUCAAUUCCCAGUAAUUUGGGAGACUUCCAGUUUCUCUUCAUUGACAUCGCCAUCAUUCUCAUAAUUGCUUUUACAAUGAGUCUGAACCCGGCGUGGAAGGAGCUGGUGUGGCGCCGCCCUCCGUCCAGCCUCAUUUCCGGGCCACUGCUCUUUUCGGUUCUGACGCAGAUCCUCACCUCAUUGGUGUUCCAGGUCCUGGCUUUUCUUUUAGUGCGACAGCAGAGUUGGUACGAGAAAUGGACACCUCAGUCGGAUGCCUGUAAUGUGACCAGCUUCAGUCUUCCUCACAGCCUCAAUGUAACCCAUCCUCAUGACUAUAAAAACAUCAGGAACUAUGAGAACACCACGCUCUUCUACGUGUCCUCUUUCCAGUAUUUGGCCGUAGCCAUCAUCUUUUCCAAGGGAAAGCCUUUCCGACAGCCGAGCUACAAAAACUGGCCGUUCAUGCUGGCCUGUGUUGGUCUGUACACCUUCCUCUUCCUCAUCAUGUUGUUUCCUCUUCCUGCCAUCGACAGCUUCCUGGAGAUCGUGUGUGUUCCCCACGACUGGCGUGUCACACUGGUGGUUAUUAUCAUAGUCAAUGCAGUGGUGUCGUUCACACUCGAGACUUUGAUCCUUGACAUCAUCUUAUGGAGACUAGUUUUCAGAGACAAUCAUCACAUAAAUCGAGGCACCGAGUCCCGCUCAGCUGACGCACCUCAGACGGCCAAUGACCGCUGGGGCCCGGCCUUCUUGUCCUGGCUGUUCUGUAGGAGGAACAAACCCCCAAGGGCCCGGUACAUGCAUUUAGCCUUAGAGCUGCAGGACGACGCCGACUGGCCCCCCAGACCUUCCACUGUCACCUACGCCAGCACUCCUCCAUCACACAUCUCCGCCUCCCUCUGACACCGACAUGACGCCAAACCAAUCGGCACAGACUUUCUCUGAACGCGUCCUGAGCUGAGAGACAGGACUGGUGGAAAUGUAGCGUUUGGAGCAGCAAACAAGCCAUGAGCUUUAUAAAGAUGAGGCCUUAAGGUUCGACUAAUGUUCAAGUGUUCUAUUUUCAUUCACAUCAACUUUAAAUGACCAAACACCAUCCAACUGCAGCUGAGCUAAUCUGACACAGCGUAUUACUGAGCCAGACAUCUGUAAUGAACAGACAGUGUUUCCCAUCAGUGUGAAUUUUUACUAGUUUUUACUCUAAAUAAUAAUAUAUGGACAAACUGAAGUGUAUUUAUCUGACAUAAAACUCAAUUAAAGAAGUCAGAUACAUUUUACAGAACAUGAGGAUAAUACUUUAUUGUCAAAACACGUAACAUAAU